UCGACUACAACAAUGAAAGUUAUUAACAUCACACGUUUCAUAGUACCUUUUCUUCUUGUCACAUUAUUAUCAACGACAUUUUUCCUCGUAAAAGCUCAAGACGUUGCUGAACCAGUACUCGAUGUUUCCGGUAACGCUGUCCGUAGAGGAGUGAAUUAUUACAUCCUUCCAGCGGAUCGGGGCAACGGUGGUGGACUUCAAGUUGCAUCCAUUAGGAACCGGACCAACCCGCUGGUUGUAAGCCAAAACGCCGAUGAAUCUGUAAUCGGCGUUAACGUUCAAUUUUCACCAGUGGAUCCUAAAGAAAAUACCGUUAGAUUAUCGAUUGAUAUGAACGUAAAAUUUACGUCUAUGGUAAUAUCUGAUUCUUUCACAGUAUGGAGAAUUAAUACUGAAUUAAUUCCAGAACGUUAUUUGGUUACGAUUGGCGGAGUAGAAGGAAAUCCUGGUCGUGAAACUUUAGGGAAUUGGUUUAAUAUUGACAAGUACGAGGAUGCUUACAAACUUGUGUAUUGUCCUGUUGUUUGUGAGAUAUGUAGACCGUUUUGUGGAGAAAUAGGUAUACUUGAGGAAAAUGGAAAAAGGGUUUUGUUUGUUGGUAGAGAUCCACCUCUCAAAGUUACAUUUCAUAAGGUCUAGAAUUAUUAAUAUUUUAUACUAUGGUA